UCUACUACUUCAUCACGGUUCUUGCGUUGGUAGAAAUGUCUACUGAGGAUUUCUCUCUUGUUAUGGACGGUGAUUCUUUGGACAGUAAACAGAAGGAGAUCCAAAAAUGCAAGAAAAUACAUGAAGCGUUAUUGAAGGAUCAAAAAUUACUGAAAGAUGGCAUUGAUAUGAACAAAAACUUUGCCAAGGAAUUUAGACAACGAGCUGAGGAGAGGAAAGUGUCAAUUGAGGAAGAAACCAAGAAAUGUACUAAGACAAUUCAGAAAGAGAAGGAGAAAUGCAGUAUUAUACAGGAGGAGCAAAGCAGGCUACAGAUGGACAUCAUGAAAAUGAAGGAGGAGUUGCAAAGCCUGGACCGUAAAAACAGCAGUCUGAAAAAACAAACUGAGAUCUCUACAGCGGUGCCUGAGAGGAGAGUUGUUUUUCAAGGAAAGACAAAAGAGGGUGCGCAUGCUGUGAGUUUCGAUGUGAAUUCCCGUAUAGUUUAUCCGAUGGAGGGUGGAACAGCAUUGAUCACCUUUGAGGAAGAGGAUGUGGCUCAGAAAAUCUUGAGCCAGAAGCAGCAUAAGGUGGAGCUUGGGGACUGUGCCAUCACUGUGCAGGCUAAACCCAUUCAGUUCCUGGUACCUGAUUAUGUUGAGAUGGAAACACAGGUGUGCCCACGCAGAAUCCUGGUCUCUAACCUGCCAAAUGAAGAACCUGAGGACAGAGCACUGGACAAACUGGAUAUCUAUUUUUCUAAGAAGAAGAACGGAGGCGGCGAGGUGGAGGACACAGACAUGCUGCAUGACUCUGGCACUGUGGUCAUUACCUUCGUAGAUGAUAAUAUUGCCAAACGUCUCUCAGACAAACAGGAUCAUGAGGUAGAUUUUGGUAGGAAGAAGUACAAGGUGAAGGUCACUCCAUUCCUCAAUGGCGAGAUUUCACAGAUGAAGAUCUGUAACUCCGAUUGCAUGCGCACAGUGCUGCUUACGGGCAUCCCUGACAUCAUGGAGAAAGACAACCUACAGGACAACCUGGAGAUCCACUUCCAGAAGACAACCAAUGGUGGAGGAGAGGUGGAAGGCAUCCUCUACAACCCUCUGGGCCACACCACCCUGGCUUUGUUUGAAGAAGACUCUCCUAAAGACAGCCAGACCGAGUGAGAAAGCUAAUAAACCUCUACAGCCCAGAGAUCUAAUGCUGCCAGUAGAUGACAAAAUAGAGAAUUUAUUCAUAAUAGACUAUAUGAAACUCUUUAUGAACUUUGAUUUGGGACUCAAGACAGAGUAUGGAUCUAAUAUGUACUUCAUAAUCCUUUAUAGUCUAUACAUUAUAUAAUAACAUACUCCAUGGAUACAAUUUUUUUCUUAUUUACAAUCCUUAGUUGUAUUCUUUGUCUUUUGAUGAUACAAAUGUUGUCAGAUUGAGUUGUAUGGGUUAAUCUGAAUCACAAACUAUUGCUAUUUAUGUGAAAACAACAAAAUCUUAAAUAAAUGUGACAAAACCAUCAUUGUGAUGCUUAUGAUACAGUAAUAGGAACCUAUUGAAACCAAACCCAAAACAAAAAAGAAAAUAGAAAUUAUAU